CCUGUGACACUUGUUCCUAAAACACAUGGUGAGCGCUCAAGGAGUUCACGUCGACCCCAAGAAAAUCGAAGCCGUACGCACGUGGAAGACACCCGAGAACGUGAAGGAGUUGCUGCAGUCCCUAGGCUUCGCUAAGUACUACAACAGGUUCGUGCCACAGUAUGCGAAACUCGUAGCACCACUCACGGAUCUGCUGAAAAAGAACAUGCCCUACAAAUGGGAACCAAAGCACCAGGAAGCCGUGGAGCAGCUGAAGCAAGCACUUACGUCCGCACCAGUACUCAUCUUGCCAGAUCCCGAACGCGACUACGUCAUCGAAGCUGACGCCAGUGACCAGGCAGUGGGAGCAAUCUUGAUGCAAGAUCAAGGAAAUGGACUGCAACCAAUCGCCUACCUCAGCAAGAAACUGCACGGGGCAGAACUAAACUACCCGAUACACGACAAAGAGUUCCUUGCCAUCGUCAUCGCCUUCAAAGCGUGGAGAUGUUACCUCAAAGGAUGAAGAACAACCGUCUACACCGACC